GGCAGGGGUGGCAGCGGGAGCGGCGGGGAAGGGCCUGGCGCCGGCGGCGGCGGCGGUGGAGGGGGCGCCGCAGGCGGGCGAUGUGAACGCGGCGCGCGGCCCAGGUGAAUUGAUGGAGAGAUGGAAGAUGAAAACUAAGCAAGAGGAGGAAUGUUCAGGCAGACCCUAGGAGUGCUAGCUGACGAGUUGAUGUGAGCUCGUAUCUAUGCUGCUUGUCUUGCUGAGGAGCUCUGGCGAAUUACGGAUGCUCUUUGUCUCUGCAGAUUACGUCUCGUGUCAGUAGAAAUGGACAGCAGCAGUUUCAUUCAGUUCGAUGUGCCUGAGCACAGCAGCACUGUUCUGAGCCAACUAAACGAGCUCCGCCUGCAAGGGAAGCUAUGUGACAUCAUUGUCCACAUUCAGGGUCAGCCAUUCCGAGCCCACAAAGCUGUCCUCGCAGCCAGCUCUCCGUAUUUCCGGGACCAUUCAGCAUUGAGCACUAUGAGUGGCUUGUCGAUAUCUGUGAUUAAGAACCCCAGCGUGUUUGAGCAGUUGCUGUCCUUCUGUUACACUGGAAGAAUGUCCUUGCAGUUGAAGGAUGUUGUCAGUUUUCUGACCGCAGCCAGCUUCCUUCAGAUGCAGUGUGUCAUUGACAAGUGCACGCAGAUCCUGGAGAGCAUCCACUCAAAGAUCAGUGUGGGAGAUGUUGACUCUGUCACCAUUGGUGCUGAAGAGAAUCCCGAGAGCCGGAAUGGAGUGAAAGAUGGCAGCUUCUUCGCCAAUCCUGUUGAGAUCUCCCCUCCAUAUUGCCCUCAGGUACGGCAGCCUCCAGUCAGCAGCGAUCUCCGGAUGGAGACGACCCCCAACAAAGCCCUUCGGAGCCGCUUACAGGAAGAGGGACACUCAGAUCGGGGGAGCAGUGGCAGCGUGUCUGAGUACGAGAUUCAAAUUGAAGGGGACCACGAGCAAGGGGAUUUGUUAGUGAGGGAGAGCCAGAUCACUGAGGUAAAAGUGAAGAUGGAAAAGUCUGAGCGGCCCAGUUGUUCUGACAGCUCCUCCCUGGGUGAUGAUGGUUACCACACAGAGAUGGUUGAUGGGGAGCAAGUUGUGGCAGUGAACGUGGGUGCCUAUGGCUCUGUGCUCCAGCAUGCGUAUCCCUACUCCCAGGCAGCCUCACAGCCUUCCAGCAUGCCAGAAGCUUUUGGAAGUCAGAGUAAUUCCAGCCCAUCCAGGUCCAUGCUGAGCUGCUUCCGAGGCCGUGGUGCCCGCCAGAAGCGGGCUCUGUCUGUUCACCUGCACAGUGACCUGCAGGGUGCAGUGCAAGGAUCUGACAGUGAAGCCAUGAUGAACAAUCCCAGUUAUGAGAGCAGUCCCCGGGAAAGGAGUGCAAGGGGUUACUGGUACCCAUACAAUGAGAGGUUGAUCUGUAUUUACUGUGGGAAGUCCUUUAACCAGAAGGGAAGCCUCGACAGGCACAUGCGACUGCAUAUGGGAAUCACCCCCUUUGUGUGCAAGUUCUGUGGGAAGAAGUAUACACGCAAGGACCAGCUGGAGUACCACAUCCGGGGCCACACUGAUGACAAACCAUUCCGCUGUGAGGUCUGUGGGAAGUGCUUUCCAUUCCAGGGUACCCUCAACCAGCACCUGCGGAAAAACCACCCGGGUGUCACUGAGGUCAGGAGUCGCAUGGAGUCUCCCGAAAGAACAGAUGUGUACGUGGAGCAGAAACUUGAAAGUGAUGUGUCAGUCUCAGACAUGGCUCUAGAUUCCCGAAUGGAAAUCCACACAGUAUCUGAUGCGCCUGACUAAGUUGCUGCAGAGAAAGAGCUCCUGAACAAAGCACAUCAGUCAAUGCAUAGUUGUGAUUUGCUUUGUUGUAAUCUUUGGUUUUCCCCAUCUGGAAAUCUCUUGGUUUCUUGGUAGUUUCUCUGAAGGUUCUGGGUGUGGCACUUGUGUUUACCCUUCUCUCCUCUUCCCUCCCCCAGGAGCUCAAAGCAUGAAGGGCAGCAGAGCCAGGAGAACACAGACUGACAGUAUUCCUCCUUGGCUGAUUGCGUCUCCCAACUCUGCCAGAGAUUUAGCUAUGCCAACUGGUUGACCCCACGUUCUCUGCCAAGAGGCAGGCACUCUUUGACUGUGGGUGCUAGCCCCAGUGCAUUUUAAUGGAAAGAGGCUAGGAUGCCGUCAGCUGAUACAAAUGGGUAACCUUUUCUAAUUUAAAAUUAGUUUUAGGGGUAGUUAGACAAUUUAUAUAUAUAUAUAUAAUAAAGUGGUUAUUAUAUAUAUAGUAUAUAUACAUUCUCAAAUUGGGGUUUAUUCUGGUUGAGGUGAAUGUAAGAGGAAUAUAUAAUUUAAUACAAUGUGAACAGAGUCUGACUCUGUUUCAACCCCGCCUACUAUGUUAGUUUCCACCCUUUGUUUUCCUUUACUGAAGAAUGUCAGUAGAUUUUCACAUACAGUAAUCAUUGUGUCCAAAUGCAAGCAAAGCAAAUCACAGUGUUCAUAGCUCUGCUUCAUAACAAACACAUAAACCAAAUGCCAUAAAACUCCUUCAACUGUAGUGGGAACCAUUUGAAACUUUUGUUCGUUGUCCAGCUGUGCUGGAUGACCUGUGGUGCUGACCUUUCUACACAGUGUAGUGUUAUACUAGCCAACCCCAAAGGAGCAAUGGUUUUCAAGGUUUUUACUACAAAUCUACCUACCUUCAUUCUGUACUGUAGAAGCAUACAUACCAGGUAACUAAUCAGAUCACUCCACCGUGAGUAGUGCUCUCACUAAAGGGCAGGAGUUUGUAGCACUUGCCUACAAAAUUCUCCAGGUAGUGUUGUGCUUUUGGUUUUUCUCUCUCUCCUCAAACAGCCAGUUCAGGUGCACAACAACUUUUUCUAUGCAGUUCCCAGGGAAGCUGCAGAACUUGGAAUUUGUACUUUUUGUAAAGCUGUACUCUACGGGAAUUGCAAGCAAUAUAUCUAAUCUUAGUAUUGUGUGUGCUAAUGAGAGCCUCAGUGGCUCCUCCACUCUCUCAGUGUUUCUUGCUUAAAGAAAAAAAUGUCAAAACCAUCUAAGAUCCUCAGUGUGUCACCAAAUCUGUGUGUACGUCUCACCAUUUUUGGUCACGUGGUGCUAUUUUUAUGUUAAGUAUCUUUUAGGUCAGUAUUGUCUAGAAAAUGUGAAACCUACGAGUAGUGAUGACUUAUUUACUUUCCUCUCAAGUUCACAGCUUGAAAAGAAACCUCAAAAGCAUGUGCUGGCAAACGGGUUAUGUCUGAGUUGUGUCUGGUCAGCGCUUUGGAAAAUGUCUGUUUGCUCUUAGGUUCAUACACACCAACAGGCUUCACAAAUGCUCUGGUUCUGUGAACUCAGGCAGAGAGGGCAAUUUGAUAGGCAGUUUACAGGCCAGGUUUGUGGCUGACUGCAGAGACAGCAGCGCUCUAGUCUCUGCCUGAGUACCUGGGCUCUGAGACCCAGACUCAAGCAAAACCCAGAAACUGAGGACCAACCUCAGAGGCUAGGAGCUAAGGAAUACAAAAUAGAUGUUUGCUGAUUUGCCAUGCUUUUUUGGCUCUUAAAAUACCAAGAAUGAUGGGUUUGGGGGGAGGUGUUUUUGUUUAAUUUGUUUGGUGGUUUUUGUUUUUUGUUUUGUUUUGCAGGAAGUGGGGGAGGUUCAAGAUAGGGUUUCUCUGUGUAGCCCUGACUGUCCUGGACUUGCUCUGUAGACCAGGCUGGCCUCGAAUUCAGAGAUUCUCCUGCCUCUACCUCCCGAGUGCUGGGAUAAAGGUGUGUGCCAUCACCACCCAGCUUUUUUUUUUUUUUUUUUUUUUCUUUUUUUUUUUUUUUUUUUUUUUUUUUUUUUUUUUUUUUUUUUUUUUCCUUUUUUUUUUUUUUUUUUUUUUGCCGGGGGCGGGGGUUAUUUGAGAAAAAAAUUUGAUUCCAGCCCUUCCUUCAUGUGUAGCAGCCCCGGUGCACACAGUGGCACCGUCCUAGCACACAGGAUCUGCUCAUAUGUGAAUUGCUCGCCUCACCUCAGUGUUAACUCCUGUAGAUGACUAAUCCUGCCGCUCCUGGAGCGGCUCUUCUGAUCGGGUAUACGGUAUGCCUUCUCCUCGUCAGACUGCCUAAAUCGGGGUUCUCUCCCUGAAGCAUUUGUUCAGCUAAGGAAGCUGACCGCCUCAAGGGAGAAUGGACUCCCAAGUGUUUACCUACUUAAGUGUGUUCUGAGGUUUCAGGUAAAUGUUUGUGAUUUUUCAUUUUCCUUACACAAAUAUAUUUUGUUUUGAUUUUUCUUUUUGAGAAUUAAAUGCAAAACUUCUUUUUUUAUUAUUUUGUGUUGUGAUACCAGUUAAGUUUGUGACAAGAAAGGCCCCAAAUCCAAGGAUGUGCGACGUGGAGCUCAGGGAAGGAGCCUCCUUUUCACUUUUUGUGGUGAGGGGAGCGCACUCUGGCCGCACGCCCAUAUCCUGACUCUUGUCACUGUCUGUCUGAACUUAUGUGCAUGUAGUUCUUGUUUCUGAACUUACGUACUUGUAGUUCUUAUGUUUGUCAAUUUGUUUAGCUGGUUUGAGUUUACCAAAGAGUGACUUAUCCAAAAUUGUCUUUGACAAAAAUAUACAUUGCUUUGAUUGUACAGUUCAGGUUCUAACAUUGUAAUGGGACUGUUAAGGGGCAGAAAACCAAUUUGAGUUUUUAAUGAUCAUGAUUCCGCAUUUUGCAAGUUGCGCUUGCUCCCAUUCGUGUUGCUAACACUUUACCCUCUCCACUGCUAGCAGUGUUAAAAAUGAAUUCUCAAGCCAUAACACAGUACUGUAAAGUUCACGGGGCUUCGAGGGAGGCAGGGCCCAGGCCAGCACAGCACUGCAUAGCCUGUCUGCACACUUGCACUAGGUGCCUGCGGUGGGCAUGGCUGCCGAGGGCUCUCCAUGCAGACAGGGCAACAGCGGUCAAUUGUGCCUAGCUACAUGAGGAUGUGCCAGGAGAGCCAGCUUGGCCACUCGAGCAGGCUUCUUUCCCUUAAGCUCACUGUGUAACUCCUUAGAGCGACUCCUUGUGGACAGCAAACCUGUCCCUGUACAGUUGUAGGUUAGGUCUCUCACUAUAGCAGACGCAGAAGUCCACUAAGAUAAACAUAUGUGAAGACAUCCUUUACAGUGAAGUAUGUCCUGCUUUCAUACAGGCCUGUGCGUAAUUGAGUCUCUUCUCAGCUACCUUUCCAUGUUAGACAAUGUGAAGACAGCCACAGCACCCUUCCUUCCCUGUGACAUUUACCCCAUUGCACAAACUGUGAAGACGUUUUAUACUUUUGCUAACACUUGUGGUUUUCAGUCCUUAUGUUUUCUUCAUCAGUCUUCUGCCCUCUCGUUUCUACUAAAGCUGUAAAUACAUUUAGAAACGGUUUGUAAAUACUACGACAAAGAUGAAUUCAUUUUCCCAUUCAGUGGAAAAGCCUCCCGAUCAAUUGGCUCUGCCUUGGCAAUUUUUUGUUGUUGGUGGGGAUUGUUUGUUUGUUUCCUUCCUUCCUUCCUCCUUCAUUCCUCCUUUCCUUCCUCCCUUCCUUUCUUCCUUCCUCCCUCUUUCCUUUUCUCUCUCCUCCCUCCCUCUCUCUUUCGAACAGCAGAAAGGAUACUGUCGGUUCACUGUUAAGUAGAAUAUACUGUAGGACUAAAUUGGUAAUUUUUAAAUCUUCCCAGAGCUUAAGUGUAUGUCUCUUCUAACGACAGCAAGUAUAACCACCUCUUUUGUUUUACCCUUAGCCCAGACCACAGGCCUGCAUAUUUUUUUGUAUGUGAGUUUGAUUUUAACAACCUGGAUUCUGGGGAGAAUUUGCAGGAACACAAAGCAAGGGCUAGGGGAAAUAGUCCAUGUGAAUGAGCUCUACUUUAGGUUGAUGUGUCUUAUUUCAAGCUUUCCACUUGUUACUGUUACUGUGAUGUUUUUGUUAUCACUGUUGUUAAAUUCUAUAAUGGUUUCCUGUGAAGCCUCCACUGAAAGGGACUCAAAUAUGCAACAUCUAAACUAUUUUCCAAGGGCUCAUGCCCCUUGAAUGGUGCUUCUAGCCUGGUCAGGGUUAUUUAUUAAAUUUUAUAUAUGAAAGUAUUGGGAAAUUAUGUAAACUCUUUAUACGAAACUGUCUAGUUCUUACAUCGUAGAUUUCAUAUACUCAGUGCAGCUGAACUGAGAGUUCAGCGAAGUCAUUCACUCUGUUCCACAUUUGUAAUGGUCGCCACACGUCGUCUUCAGGAAGUACCAGAGUUCUCACUCUUCUUGCCAGGGCUUGCCAGCUUCAGGUGCCCCCUGGGUCUGGCACACACAGGGCUAUCGCUGCUCCUCCGUAGCUACUGGAGUAAGCCCCGCUCACUGCUCAUUGGCAGAUUGAGCACACAGACCUCCCACUGCCCUUCAGUGACAAGUUAUGCUGUGAACUCAGCCUCGGGACUUGGAGACUAAGUCCCAGGCUGCUGCCCUGACUAGAGCAAGAGGUAAACUCACUGCCUCCCCUGAGAACGACCUUUUCCUGAUGUGAAACCAUCUCUUAACACUUCAGCAGUAGGGCUAAUACAGUGUCCGUUACAAAUGGCUGAGCAAUUUGAAUGACUUCACAUGGUGUCAUUAUCUUGCAAUAUAAACUGGUAACCUCACAACGCCACACUUCAUCACCACGUGAAGUAAAUGAAGCUAGCUAAGCGGAUGCUGUAUCAACUAGUAACUUGCCAUUAAGGGUUAUUUUAUAGCAUGAAUUGAAGACUAUUUAUUCAAAUGAUAUUUUACUCUUGUAUUCAUUUUGCUUUAGGUUUGUGACAUGAAUAUUUCAGUGCUGCUUAAUUUUGUUCUGAAUUCUUGUUUCUUGCUUGUAAAUGGCUUUUUUAUGGUAUAAAGUCAUUGGGAAUUGCUGUUUGUAAAUAAAGAUGCUGCCAGAGCAACCUUGCUGUGGUCU